AUGGCCGCGGGAGUGACGGCUGCUGUCGUCGUCGGCGCUUUCGUAUUCUGGGGCCCUCUGGUGAGCAACUCUCGAUUGCGGCAGAGGCGCGGUCAGAUCGCCGGAUUGCAUAACUUUGGCAAGACCUGCUUCCUGAAUACGUUGCUUCAGGCUUUGGCCGCUUGCCCGCAGUUUAUCGCCUGGUUGCAGUUGCACAACACCAAGGACAAGAAAACGUUGGUCAGCUCGCUGCAGAAUGUGCUGGAGGUGGUCAAUGGGACACAUCCAACGUUACGUGGCGAUCCGUAUUCCCCGGGAGCGGUCAUCCGGGCGUUGAACGCCCAGGGCUGGGUCAUUCCACCGGAUGAACACGACACCCAUGAGCUGUUGCACGUUUUGCUGAAUUCCCUGGAGGAGGAAGUGACGAAACCGAAGAAGAUCGGAUGUCUGUCGGAUGCCCUGGGGGAGGAGGAACUGAGGGCGAUGAUGCCUCCGGCUAGACCUUCCAGUGCCAUGCUGUCGGACUUUUGCAACGCAGAGUAUGACGAAUCUACUAAUUUGACUCGAUACGUUCGAUCGGAAGCGCACACUCCGGACUCGCCCCAUUCGACCUGCACGGAAACGGAGGAUUCGAUGGCGGGAUUGGAAGGCUCGUUAAUGGAUUGCGCUGGAUCACCACCUUCGAUCAUUUCUACGUUCUCCGGACGACCGAGCAGACCGAAAUCGAUCUUGGCUACGGACAUGAGUCGCAACGGGACGCUGGACAAGCGAUCGUCCGGAUCUUGCAGGUCCCUGGAAAGGCUGACCCGUGGUCCGGGAAGGGUUUCCGUCUGGGGAGAUCGUAAACAGAUUCAAGUGCCCCAUCCGUUCCGGGGCGGUCUAAGCAGUCAGUUGUGCUGCUCCGGCUGCGGAUACAAAUCCGUUGUCCGUUACGACAAAUUCGACAGCGUCACACUUUCCCUACCGGAAAUCAAGAACCCGGGCAUUUCCGUGGGAAGUCUUCUGACCGAAUUCAUCCAACCCGAAACCCUGAACGGAGUGCAGUGCGAAUCGUGCAAUGAAACGACCACACACACGAAAACCCUCACCUUCAGCAAGCUUCCUGCUUGCCUAUGUAUUCACAUUGCCCGGACGACGUGGCUUCCGACGGGGCAUGCCUACAAGCGGCAAGACUUCGUCCACUUCCCGGAAACGCUCUCGAUGGCACCGUACAGUUUCGUGCAGCCCAGUUUGAACAGUGCCAUGAGCACCCCGUGGGGAUCGACUAUGUCUCUGUACUCGGCCAGUUUGGGGGCGGCUGCCUACGAGGCAACGAUCGGCGGCGGAGGAGCGCCAACGGAACAGAACACCCCAGUCGGAUCGGUUGGGAGUGCGUUCAAUUUUGGGUCGUACACCUUUGGCGCUAUGUUCCCGAAAAAUCUGUACCGGCUGCUGGCGGUGAUUGUGCACUCGGGCGAAGCCAACAGCGGACACUUUGUCACGUAUAGGCGAGGGGCGCUACGGAAUUCUCACAAGUAAG